AUGGCGUCCGUCACAUGUCGUGGCGAUCUUCACAUGGCCCCGUCUGCAGAUCUACGGGAGCCCUUGAACCUCAUCAACAAGAUCCAGCCUGAGCCUGUUGUCACUGAGAUCCUUGAGAAAUGCAUCGAGUUAAACUCGUCUCGCGAGCCUUCUUCGCCUUCUUCGCCUUCUUCGCCUGACAUGGAUACCCCCAGGGUGAAGAGGAUCGACCCGCCUAAUUUCAGCCCAAAGUCAAGUCGUCGUGCUUCCUCUGCUACCAACUCGGCUCAGCACUCUCGCUCUGCAUCUCGCAGUACAGCGAGGUCAAGACCGCCUAGUCGACAUAGCUCUUUUAAUUCGACCAGACGGCCUGCAACGACGGCUAGCAUCGUCCCCGUCCCACCAGCGAGGACUACGCCCCACGAGAGGCGGGAGUCGCUGCUGGCACUACAUCGGGAGUCAUGUCGUCUCUUCGAGGAGCAGGAGUCUACAAAUAAUGUAAGACCCACCCUGCAGCGGGCACUUUCAACAACCUACCCCCGCCGACGAGAGAGUCGCACCUCGUCCGAUAUGGGGUAUUCAGCGCCGCCAUCCCCGAUCGCCUCAUCAAGAUCCAGUCGUCGGGACUACGACCACCGCGGUUCACUAAGCUCGGCCGCUGCCUCUCCUCCAUUCCACCCAAGAGACCGAGCCAACACACUCCCCAACAGCACCACCAGCCAGCAUGUCCAUAGCCCCUCCGCAUCCUCCAUCCACAUCCCGGCAACAGUGAUGGAGUGGACAUCAGACACGACUCGCCGGCGCGAGUAUGAGAAAAUCGACCGUGCCAGCCGUGGCGUCCGUGGUAUCUGGCGGAAAGUCGCACCACGCUGGUGCCAUCGUGAUUCUCGCGCGCCCUUCUUCGAAGAAGGCAAAUCGGGUCGCGAAGGCAGUGUUCGGCGGUUCAGAAUGGACCUCCCCGAUGAAGAAUCAGAUGACUCGGAGCGAGGCAAACCCCAGACGCAGUUCCUGGAUCUUCACAAGGACUCGGACGGGUAUACGCUUCGACGCUGGGCAUAUCGGCGGUCGGAGACAACCCCCAAUUAA